GUACGCAACGGACGCUCACGAGGGGCGGGCGUGUCCUAUAUCUACCGCAUACCGGCACACAAUUAAAUUACAAAUAAAAAUAAAAAAAACGUUUACGCGUCCAAAAAGAAACCGUCCGCAGUUUUUCUAAUUGGAACAGUAUUAUUAGUGAAUAUUUUUGUAUUAUAUUUUAAGUGUAGUGUUUUUAGUGUUAAAGUGAAAUGGAUUAUUCUUGCUAAUUAAGAUUCUCAUAAUGUCGAAAACUUUGAACGCCUACAGAAUAAAGAAGAUCGAAUCCUUGGGCAGGAUGACGGCGAUGACGCAGGAGGAAAUGGUGGCGGGCGCUCGUACCGUCGCCGCGGGGCUCGAGGCCCUGAGAGCCGAGCACACGCAGCUGCUGGCUGGCCUCGCAACCAACACCGAACACGAGAAUGAAAAGGCUUCUCUGGUUAAGAAGAGCAUCGAAGCUAUCGAUCUUGGAUUGGGAGAAGCUCAGGUAAUGACGGCUCUGGCAUCUCACCUUCAGUCCGUCGAGGCAGAGAAGCAAAAACUCCGCACGCAGGUCCGCAGGCUGUGCCAAGAGAACGCCUGGCUGAGGGACGAGCUGGCUGCAGCUCAGCAGCACCUGCAGGCUUCCGAACAACGCGUAGCACAGCUGGAGGAGGAGAAUAAGCAUUUGGAGUUCAUGGCUUCCAUACGUAAAUACGACAGCGACAUAAACGAAGAGUCGGACAGUAACCGUACAGGUCAGGGCGAGAAGAAACGCGAGGACCCGAUGGUCGAGCUGUUCCCUGACGAUGACCACGACGACAACAGGAAUAAUAAAUCGAUGUCGCCGACGCCGCCGAUGCACUUCGCCCAGCAAGUGAACGCCGGGUACGAGAUCCCGGCCCGCCUGCGCACGCUCCACAACCUGGUCAUACAGUACGCGUCGCAGGGCCGGUACGAGGUCGCCGUGCCCCUCUGCAAGCAAGCACUCGAAGACCUGGAGAAGACUUCGGGCCACGACCAUCCCGAUGUCGCCACCAUGCUGAACAUACUGGCUCUUGUUUACAGAGACCAAAACAAAUACAAGGAAGCCGCCAACCUGCUGAACGACGCUCUGUCCAUCCGGGAGAAGACCCUCGGCGAGAACCACCCCGCCGUGGCCGCCACGCUCAACAACCUCGCCGUGCUCUACGGGAAGCGAGGCAAGUACCGCGAGGCGGAGCCGCUGUGCAAGCGCGCGCUGUGCAUCCGCGAGGCCGUGCUGGGCCGCGACCACCCCGACGUCGCCAAGCAGCUCAACAACCUGGCGCUGCUCUGCCAGAACCAGAACAAGUACGAGGAGGUGGAGCAGUACUACCAGCGCGCGCUCGAGAUCUACGAGAGCAAGCUCGGACCCGACGACCCCAACGUUGCCAAGACCAAGAACAACCUCGCCUCCUGCUAUCUCAAACAGGGCAAAUACAAGGAAGCCGAGACUCUCUACAAGCAGGUGUUGACGCGGGCUCAUGAACGAGAAUUCGGAACCAUUGACGAAUAUAUAGCAUCGUUAAAAAAACCUAAAAAAUAACAUAACCCAGCACCCGUAGCUAUAAGCGUUCUAAGAGAACAUAGAACUUAGCUAAUUAAUCUUUAAGGUAUCGUUCCGAGGUAAAAGUGUUAUGCGUGAUUCAAAUAAAUAUUUACAAUGUACAUAUUAAAUAUUCACCUGUUUAUAUGAAAUCAAUUCGAUGGUCAUUAUUUAUAACGAGUUAUACGUUCUAUUUCCUACAUUCCCAACUCGACUGAUUGCUAAAGUCUUACCGAAUAAGAAAUUGAAUAUAUUUUAGUAUACGAACAUUUUUCAACGUGCAAUAUUCAUAUAUAAAGGAAAAAGAAUGACUUAUAAAACUGUGCCUUAAUAACAUAAUGAAUAUAUUAAAUAUAAUAAAUGCUGAAGAUUUCUUAUCUUGAAUUCCUUGAGAAACAAGUUUCUUUACAAUUUUCUGUUCAUGUGUUAGUCCGGGGUAAGCUGCUACCUUUUAUUCACUUUAAAUCCAGUGGUUUGAAUGAAUUUGUGUCUAAACUAAAGCUGCUUUCAGAUUACGCUAUACCAGCAGUCGGGGAACAGGGGUAAAAUGAAAUUUUGGGGGGUAAAAAUGAAACUUUUGUGAGUAAAAUGUUUAUAUUGAAGUGAAACUUCUUUAGAAUCGUUGUGAUUUCAAACUCGAUGAAACGAAAUGAAACGAAACGAAAAAAUAAUAUAUUUUUUCAAAAUUAUCAUGGGGGCUAUAAUAUGAAAGACGCUAAAAAGAAGCGAUUUCGUUUUUUUUUUGUUCUUCGCCAUGGGUUAAUUACACAAAAAUAUUUUGGGGUAAUAAGUAAAAAAGUUCCGCGACCGCUCCGCUGUACUAUAGUGCCAUAUAGUAUAGCAGCGUAUAUUACGCCAAUAAUAUAUAGUACAGUACAGUGUGAACAUGUCCAUAACAAUGUAUGGUGUGCGAUAUUGUUGUGCUAUGAGCUAUAUACUACAUGCUAUUAUAUUAUAGCGUAGUCUGAAAGCGGCUUAAAGUGAAAACAUUAUGAGAAAAUUCAAAAAAAUUUUUUUAAUCAUGACUACAUAUCGAGGUGUUAAGGUUAUUUGGUUUAAGUGACAUUUUUGGAACGAAGUUCCUUACGGCAGGCUUGGAGGGAUAGGGAUUUUGCUGCGCGACCGAACUGAAAAAAAUGUGAUAGUAAAACCGUAAGAAAAAAUCCGUGGAAAAAAGUGCGUGGAAUAAAACCGUUAUAUGAGACGUGCGCAGGCGCGACAGUCGCAUACACAAGCGAGUAGUGUAUAAUACCUUUCUCUUUCUCCCUCUUUCUUUUCGUUCUCUCGUCCAUUCUCUUUCUAUUUUACGUAAUUUAUUAUUUCCUAAAAUACUGAAUUUCCUAAAUACUUUCCUAUACUUAAAUAAAAACUAAUCAGCAAAAUUUAAGAGAAAAAUCAAGAAAACCUACAUAAAAUUGAGUACGAUUUUUUUUUUGCAAAUUGUGUCGAUUCUACAUUAGCCGAAGGAACUUCGUUCCUACCUGGUGUCCCACGAUACCACAUUUUAAUUUUGAAAAUUUACAGAAGAGUCAUUUAAAGUUUAAAUUUGGAAAAAUAUCAUAACAAAAAAUACCUUCUUCAGCUAUUUGAAUAAUGGAGUAAACUAAAUUGAAGUUCAAUUAAAAACAUCGAACUGUGGAUGCUAAUCUCUAUAUAUAAAAAUGAAUUUCUGUUCGUUAGUCUCGCUAAAACUCGCGAACGGCUGGAGCGAUUUGGCUAAUUUUGGUCUUGAAUAAUUUGUGGAAUUCCAGAGAAGGUUUAAAAGGUUAGAUAAAUAUGAAAAUGCUCGGAAUUAAAUAAAAAUAACAAUUUUGUUUUUCCUUUGAUGUGUCCCCUGUCGGUCUUUUAUUUAUCGAUUGAGGCACUACGAAGUCUGCCGGGUCAGCUAGUACCAAAUAAAACCCACGUUUAAUUACAAGAUAAAUUUCACUUAAAUCAAAUAGCCUUUUACCCCUGGAUAUUUACUUUCUGCGUAAAAGGUACCCAAAAUAAAUACUAUGACUGCGAGCGAAGCCACGUUUAAAAGCUAAUAAAUUAUAAGGAAACGCUUCUCGGUGAAUACACGAUUUUAAAAACAGGGUGUCGAUAGCGGUGUUACCACAUAAAUGAUAUUAUUUUUUCUCGUUUCAAUGUUGCUAUAUUUUAUUCUUGAAUCCGUUCGCGCUAUGCAUUUAUUUAUUUAUUGUAUACAAUUAUUUUAGGUAGAUAGGUAGCUGUCGUUCGAUAAGAAAUUAUAAGAAAAUACAAAAAAAGAGGCUAUAGAUGUAAACUGAUGUUGCUAUUUCAAUGUUAGACUUAUGAGUUCUGUCUGUGUUAUGAGAUCUCUUAUGUGCAUUUGUUAGUUUUUCUUGCUUUUAUAAUUAUUUAAUGUGCUACCGUCUUUCAUGUAUAGGAUAAUUUUUUUUAUUAUUGUUACACGGUGUUGCCAACAUUACAGAUAAACGUGUGAAAUGCAAUGAAAUGUGUGAGCUAUUAUCUGAAACUCCUAUUAUGUUAUAAACUUGUCGCUUAGAAAAAUCAUUGGAGUAUAUUGUUUAAAUAAUUUAUUUCAUAUAUUCUCUAAUAUAAAGAAGGAAUGAAUUUUCGGACCGUACUACGUGAUGAUAUAAAUGAGAUAUGUACUUAAUGUAAGAAUAGUUAGAGAUGAACUUUGUUUUUAACUAACUCACCGUUGCUAGGUUCCGCAAUAGAAAUAAUUUGUUUUCCAAUCCCGCAAUGUAACGCAAUGUAACUUGGCGAAUGUGAAAUAUUCAAUCCUCAGAACUGUGACGAGGAUCUCCCUCCUGACUACUAUUGAUCACUUAUCAAUUUUAUAGCUUCAGGUAAUAAGUGUUAUUUCGUCUCUACCGUCUUUUUUAAAGAAAGACGAUUAGUUAGAUUUCUGUAGUAUGCGUUAAUGUUUGAGAACUAGAAAUAGAAAUGAAAGUGUCGCUCGUUCAAGAGCUUGUUAUUUAGUAGCAAAAAUACAAGCUUCUUUUCGAAAAAUUUGUAGAAAAUGGUGCGCAGUAAAUUAUCUCUCAUCGGGUUUUUUUUUUGUUCUGUCGAAAUAAACGAAAUUUUGUUAAAACUAAAUAUUAUUUAUUCAUGAUUCUGAAUUCAAUUAUCAUACAUUACAUAAUAUUUUUUUAUUAAAUUUGAGAUAAUGUAUUAAUGAAAUAAAUUUCUCAAAGACUUAUAUCGCUUUUAAGAAGCUAUUAAAUUUCGAUGAUGAAACGCUUGCCAUAUUUCAUUUAAAAAAAAAACUGUUAUGUAAAUAAAUAUGAAAUAUCGUGAUGUUUUUUUUAAUGUUUUGAAAAUAUUUUAUUUGCUUCGUUGCUUAAGACCACCGUUUAUUUUAUGUAUCAGUUUAUUUGUUGAAACCAAAAUGCUUUGCCAAAAAAAAUAUUCGCUGAAUUUUUUGUAUGUAAAUUUUAUUAAAUAAAAAAUAUUGUUGAUUUAAUAUUUAACUAAAUAUGUUUAUUAAACGGUUGUAUUAUUAUA